AUGGAGGGAGGACGGAGGGAGGAUGGAGACAGGACAGAGGGAGGACGGAGGGAGGAUGGAGGGAGGACAGAGGGAGGGAGGACAGAGGGAGGAUGGAGAGAGGACGGAGGGAGGACGGAGGGAGGGAGGACGGAGCAAGGACGGAUUGAGGACGGGGGGAGGGCGGAGGGAGGACAGAGGGAAGAUGGAGAGAGGAAGGAGGGAGGACAGAGGGAGGAUGGAAGGAGGACAGAGGGAGGAUGGAGGGAAGACGGAGGGAGGACGGAGGGAGGAUGGAGACAGGACAGAGGGAGGACGGAGGGAGGACAGAGGGAGGGAGGACAGAGGGAGGAUGGAGAGAGGACGGAGGGAGGAAGGAGGGAGGACAGAGGGAGGACAUGGCUCCUUGGUUUGGAGGUUAGGGGGACUGAAGGUCUGAUUUCCUACUUCCUGCAGGUCAGUGAAGCCAUCCUGGACAACGCUCGCCUAAUGCUGCAGACAGAGAACAUCCAAGCCAAUGCUGAGGACUUCAAAGAAAGGUAUGAGAAUGAACAACCCUUCAGGAGGGCGGUGGAGGACGAGAUCAGCUCCCUGCACAGAGUGAUCGAGGAGGCCACCAUGACCAAGGUGGACCUGGAGGAGCAAAUGGAGAACAUGAGGGCUGAGCUGCGCAGUCUGGAGGACAACUAUGAGCAGGAUGUGCGGGGACUCUACAAUCAGAUGGCUGGACGGGAGGUGGAUGAACCCGAUGCUCCCAUCGAGACCAGUCUGGACCAGAUUCUGGCCCACAUUAGGAGUCACUGGGAGAGGAUGAUGGAGAAAAACAGAGCAGAGACCGAUGGCUGCCUGGAGUGCAAGGAAGCGCAGAGUGUGGGGAGCCGGCUAAGUCCAGAGGAGGAGCAGGUGGAGGCACUGAAGACUGAAUGCAGUGAGGUGGGGUGCAAGAUCCAGAGUCUGCAGGCCGAGACCGAGUCCAUCAGAGCAUUGAAACGAGGCUUGGAGAACUCCCUGGCGGAUGCUCGGCACUGGCAUGACGUGGAGCUGCAGAACCUUGGCUCUGUAGUGGCCAAGCUGGAGGCGGAGUUUAACGAUGUACGAGGGGAGAUUGAACAACAGCGCAGGGACUACGAUGUGUUGCUUAUGAACAGGCAGCGUCUGGAGCAGGAGAUUGGCCUGUACCAUGGCAUCCUGGAUGGGGAGGAGAGCCGCUACCUGCCCACCGACACUGCACAGUGUGGAAGAGCUCCUGCUGAAUCUAGGACUGAUGCUCCCUCAGCUCCAGGACCUUCUGGACCAGCAGGACCACGGCCCCAGUAGUCCCCGCUCAGAAUGAGACUCCUUCAGAACCGUGGUUUUCUUCGGUCCCUCAUGUUUCAGAUGUUGUCAUGUUCAUUAUAUCAGGGUCAGAUGAACAGGGUCAUGAGCAGAACUUGAAAAGAACCCGCUGAUCCGACCAUCGGAACCAUCAUACUGAACCAAGGACGCAUCUCAAGCAUGUGAGACAUGGGCUCAUAGUGACCAGGAAGGGUUCUGCUUCCAGUCCAGAGACAGAAUAAUACUGUGUGUACAGUGAUCAUGACAUUUCCUGCUUUGUUUCUUUCAAAAUAAAAGGGAAGGAAAUUGAAUAA